CAACAGCAUGGAAUAGAAACAAGUCCGAACCUUCGAGUGGCACCAACACCACGGGUGCUGAGGCCUGAGGCUUAUCUCCUGGUGGUACUAGUAGGAACCGAGUAAGGGGUCAAGGAAUGCAACGGCCAGCACCCGGCACGGUUAUAAUGUUGGACUGCAUCACUGAUGACGAUGUGGGGCGAAAGCUCCGCGUUGCAGGACGGAUGCUCAUGUACGACCCUUCCACUGCACUUGUACUCCUCUCACUUUCCUCCCAUGGACUUCUGGUAGACGCUUCUCUUGUAAUCGAUCCGGAUGCGGUGCUUUCUACAGUAAAAUGGGGCGGGACACUCGAUCCAAAUGUGGACUACAACUGGAUACACGAACGUAAAGCAUGGGUGUGGGUUUUGGGAUGGUUGGAGAGGUCCGAGCAGGACCUCCCAAUACCGGAACUCCCACCCUACACAUCACCACCAGACGUUGACCCGUCGAUUGUUCUUAAAGCGCUGAACAUCACUCCUGCGCGAGAUCUGGACGUUGUCGGCCUACGUUCGGCACUUGCGGCGAUGGGAGAGUUUCUACCUACGACGUAUCCAGUAUGAUAGGCGUCGAGUCAUGUCGCUGAUGUCGCGAUGUGAGUGAUUGCUGAUGUAUAU